CCCUCCCUCGACGAUCAUUUCCCUCUCUCCCAUCACUCCCCGUCAUCCUCCUUCGGCUUUGCGCCAAGCCUGCUACUCCCUGAUUACAGUGCCGCACUGCCCCUGUUUCGAUCUCGGCUUGCCCGCCGCGAUGGCCGGCGUGCAGGGCGGCGAGGGCGAGGACGACGAGUUCUUCAAGAGCGUGUACGCGCAGGGCUACGCGCCGCCCGCGCAGCAGCAAGCUGGGGGGAAGGCGGAGAAGCGGAAGGCCGGGGAGGCGGAGAGCAGGCGGGAGCGUGAGGAAGGGGGGGUGGACGUGCCGACGGACUUUGGCGGGAAGUACAGCAAGGCGUGGGAGGCGAAGGCGAAGGCGGCGGAGCGCAACUGGAAGAAGCGGCGCGACGACGACCUCACGUGCCGCAUCUGCGGGGAGGCGGGCCACCCCACCCAGGGCUGUCCCUCUACCUUAGGCGGGGGCGGAGGCGGAGGGGGUGGCGGGGGCGGGGCGAAGCGCCACGCGCCGUCCGCGUCGCACCCGUUCGCGAUCAGCAUACCGGUGGCGGACCGGCGGAUGCGGUCGCGGAUAAUCGGGACGGCGGGCAUGGUGGUGCAGGGGCUGGAGAAGCAGACGGCCUGCCGCAUCCAGCUCGAGGACGACCCCGCCGCCGGUGACGGCGCCUUCGUCGUCAAGAUCUCGGCGGGUGAUCGCGAGACGCUGGCGGCGGGGGAGAGCGUGCUGCGCGGGUACAUCGACCAGCUGCAGAUCGACAGCCUGCGGAAAGGCGGCGGGAUUCUGGGCGGCCCGGCGGCCGUGCAGAUGGCGCUGGCGGCGCUGGCGCACGACCCCGCGCAGCAGCAGCUGCAGCAACAGCAGCAGAUGUGGGCGGCGGCAACGGCGGGGGCGGCGGGGGCGGCGGGGGAGGCGGAGAUGGUGAUCGGGGGAGAGGCGGAGGACGCGACGCUGAGGCUGAUAGCGGCGCAGCUGGAGGCGCAGAGGCAGGCGGGAGGCGCCAUGGGAGGCGCAAUGGGGGGCGCAAUGGGGGGCGCAAUGGGGGGCGCAAUGGGGGGCGCAAUGGGGAUGGCGGCUGAUGGCGGGGCGAUGGGCGCAGUGGGGCCGAUGGGGCAGAUGGGGCAGAUGGGGCAGAUGGGGCAGAUGGGGCCAAUGGGAGCAAUGGGGCCGAUGGGCGCUUAUGGGGGACAGGUAGAAUCGAGUGGUAUGGGUGGUGCAGGCAUGCCGAUGCUGCAGCUGCCGCCGCAGGCCGCGCUGCCGGCGUCGGUGGAGGAGCUAGAGGCGCUGGUGGCGGGUGAGACGAGCAUGCUGCAGCAGGCGCAGGCGAGGGAGGAGAAGGAGGAGACUGACCGCCACACGCUCCGCAUGGAGGAGAUUCGGGGGCGCUUCACAACGCUCAAUUCCAACCUUUCCGCCCGCCAGGCGCAGCAGCGCGCCCAGCUCUACCUCUCGCUCAGCCAGCAGCACCCGCACCAGUUCCAACCUCCCCCGGCCCACCCCCGACCCCCGCUGAAGCCCCAAAUUCAGCCCCAUUCCCAGCCGCAGUCCCAGCCCUCGGCGCAGCCCCAGCCCCAGCCCCAGCCCCAGCCGCAGCCGCAGCCUCAGCCGCAGGUGCAGCCCCAGGCACAGCAGCAGGCGCAGGCGGUAGCACAAGGUCAGGCUGCGGGGCAGGGAGGCGGGGCUUAUGGCUAUGAGGGCUAUGGGCAGCAGCAUUCUGGCAGCCAGGGAUGGCAGCAGCAGCAGCAUCACCAGCAGCAGCAGCAGCCAGCACAGCAGCAACAGGGUGCACAGCACAGCUAUAGAGGGCAGGGUGGGGCUAGUGAGUACAGCCAAGCCUCGGGAUAUGGCUACUCAGUGCCUUCCUCAAACCCUGCUGCUGCCGCUGCUCCCGCUGGCGGUGCAUGGAACCAGCCUGCACCCAGUCCCGGGGCGCAUGGCGGUGGGUACUCAGCUCCUGCUGCAGCGCCAAUGGGUGGCACGGCUCCUGCCUACAACUACCAGCAGCAGCAGUACCCCCCUGGAACCAACCCUGCGCCGGGUGUGGAAGCUGCGGGGCCAGGAGCUCCAGGUGUUGGGCAGUACCAGUCGUAUGGCGGGAAUGGAUAUCAGCAAUCUCCUGCCCCAGGUGCAGCUAACGCAGGUUACUAUCCCGGUCAUGGCGGUGGCCCUCAAGGGCCAAACACAGGGCCUCCAGGUGCAGGACCCCCUCACGCUGGUUACUACGGGUCUGGGUAUUAAUGUAAUAGUUGCCUUUCUGCUGAUUUGAUCCUGGAAGCUGUCAGCAAAAAUAUUCAUGCGCUUUACUAGCUUAGGUCGCUAAUGUAAUUUGUCUUCAGGA